AUGACACGUGCUCAAAAGAAAAAAAAUGCCAAUGAUGAUUCUGACGAAUUCGAUAAAGGGAAAAGUAAAAGUAAUAAAAAUAAUAAAAAUACAGCAGAUUUUGAUGAUGACGAAGAUACUGGAAAGUCAAAGUCAAAAAAUAAAUCUGCAAAAGGAAAUAAUAAGUUAGGAGGAGGAGGAGGAGGAGAUGAAAAUGAAUCUGUGGGAAAAUCAAAAGGUAAAGGAAAAUCAAGUAAGUCCAACAAGCAAGACUUUUUGGACGAUAGUGAUGAUGAUGAUUUUGGAAAAGGUAAAUCUAAAGGGUCUAGGAGAAAGAGACAAGAAUUAGAUUUUGGCUUAAUUCCUGAUUCCAGUAGUUCUGGCAAAAAGGGUAAAGAACUUGAUGAUGUUGAAGAUUCUUUUCAAGAUUUAGGAAUAUCUUCUAAAAAAAAUAAGUCGAAUAAAAAACAAACGAAACCGAUAAAAGCUAGGAUUGAAUUAUUAGCCGAAUUAGAUAAUGAAGGCGAUGAAGAAGAUGAAAAUGACAGUGAAAAUGAAGAACUGGAGAAAAAAAAAGAAGUAAAAACUAAAAAUGAUGUUAAAUCUGAAAAGAAAGUUGAUAAAACAAAAGAUAAAAAGGUUAAAGAGAAAAAGGAGGAAAUUAAAAAUGAAAAGUACGAAGAAAUUGGAGAAGAAGAAACGAAUGGUGAUUUAAAUGAAGAAAUUAUUGAAAAUGAUAAUGAAGUUGCUGAAAAGGAACAGGAAGAUGAAGCAUCUAAAACUAAACCAAAAUCUGAGGUACCAGAAAAACUUAGUCAUAAGGAAAGAAAAAAAUUAAAAAAACAGCUGGAAUAUGAAAAACAAGUUGAGUUUAUGACUAGAAAAGGAGGACAAGGUCAUAGUGCAUUGGGUGAUAAUUUUACUGUGUCAAUUAGUGAAAAAACUCCUACUCAACUCUCAGCCUUUGAAAAUGCUGUCGACAUUAAAAUAGAAAACUUCAGUAUAUCUGCUAAAGGAAAAGACUUAUUUGUUAAUGCUAAUUUACUGAUUGCUAGUGGUAAAAGAUAUGGUUUGGUAGGACCAAAUGGACAUGGGAAAACAACUUUACUUAGACAUUUGUCUAGCAGGGUAUUUGCUAUACCACCAAACAUUGAUAUACUUUACUGUGAGCAAGAAGUUGUUGCCGAUGAUAAUUCAGCCAUAGCAACAGUUCUUAAAGCUGACACAAAGCGCACAGAACUGUUGGAAGAAUGUAAAAAAUUGGAAACUGAACAAGAGAAAGGAAAUGUUACAGAAGAAGUUCAAGACAGGCUCAAAGCUGUUUAUGAAGAAUUGAAAGCCAUUGGAGCUGAUUCUGCUGAACCGAGAGCCAGAAGAAUAUUGGCAGGUUUAGGUUUCACUAAAGCUAUGCAAGACAGAGCUACAAAAAAUUUUUCAGGAGGUUGGAGAAUGAGAGUAUCUUUAGCGAGAGCAUUGUUUUUAGAACCAACAUUACUGCUACUGGAUGAACCGACAAAUCAUUUAGAUUUAAAUGCAGUAAUUUGGCUUGACAAUUAUCUACAAGGAUGGAAAAAAACAUUGUUAGUCGUUUCUCACGAUCAGAGCUUUUUAGAUAAUGUUUGUAAUGAAAUUAUUCAUUUAGAUCAACAAAAGUUAUAUUAUUAUAAGGGUAAUUACAGUUUAUUUAAAAAAAUGUAUGUACAGAAAAGAAAAGAAAUGCUUAAAGCAUAUGAAAAGCAAGAAAAAAAAUUAAAAGAAUUAAAAGCUCAUGGUCAAUCUAAAAAAGCGGCAGAAAAGAAACAAAAAGAGUUGUUGACUAGAAAACAAGAGAAAAAUCGUAAAAUGCAAAAACAAGAGGAUGAAGGCCCUGUUGAACUUUUGCAGAAACCCAAGGAUUAUAUUGUUAAAUUUAGUUUUCCAGAUCCUCCCCCAUUGCAACCUCCAAUAUUGGGACUUUACAAUGUUACUUUUGCAUACGAAGGUCAGAAACCAUUAUUCGUUGAUACUGAUUUUGGUAUAGAUCUAUCAUCUAGAAUAGCAAUUGUAGGACCUAAUGGAGUAGGUAAAUCAACAUUUUUAAAAUUGUUAACUGGCGAAUUACAACCUCAAAGAGGAGAUGUAAGAAAAAAUCAUCGUUUGCAUUCAGGAGAGCAUUUGACAGCUGAAGAAAAUCCAUCAGAGUAUUUAAUGAGGUUAUUUGAUAUGCCUUACGAAAAAGCUAGAAAACAAUUGGGAACUUUUGGAUUGUCUAGCCAUGCGCACACGAUUAAAAUGAAAGAUUUAUCAGGAGGUCAAAAGGCUAGAGUUGCCCUUGCAGAACUUUGCUUGGCAGCUCCAGAUGUAAUCAUACUUGUAAAUAUUGAAUCCAUUGAUGCAUUAGCAGAUGCGAUAAAUGAAUUUAAGGGUGGAGUAUUGAUUGUUUCGCACGAUGAAAGACUCAUCAGGGAAACUGAAUGUGUUUUAUGGGUAAUCGAAGAUCAAACUAUUAGUGAAAUUGAUGGAGACUUUGAUGAUUAUAGAAAAGAUUUAUUGGAUAGUCUUGGAGAAGUCAUUAAUAAUCCCAGUAUUGCUGCAGCUGCAGCUGUUGAAUUGUAG